UCUCGGGAUCCCGGCUGCAGUCGCUGUCUCCUUUUCGCUACGUGCGCCCACCUUUUCUUCCUUCUCCCGCCGCUCCGCACCCCGGGUGAGUGGCCGGCAGCCGGGCCGGGCCGCCAUGGCGAAGUGAAGGGAGGAAACCCGGGACGUUCGGCCCCUCCGCGGAGGUGAUGAGAGGGAGGAGGGCACGGGACAAAGCUGGAGAGCAUGGGGUGGCAGCAGCCGCCACUGGCGUUUCCUCCCCCGCCUGUUCUGUCCCGGGAGAGGAAGCGUACGCGGAGGUGCCCCUUCCCCUGAAGUUUGUAACUGAGCGGGGCUGGAGCGGACUGGGCAGCCACGGGCUCCCCUCGGCGGCCCCGGCGUCGUUCGCCCCUGGCGCUCUCUGCUCCGCGGCGGUCUGUGGGGUCCAGAGGCCAGCCCUUUUCCUCGGGCCGCUGCCAGGCGGGGGAAGCUCUGGCCAUGGAAACUGGUCAUCUCGGGGCUAGCCGCCCAGCCCAAGAAAACCUUCAUUAAACUAGCUAAAACCCACCAGGAAGCCACUUGUGCUCUUGUUCGAAAUAGUUAGUGCCUUACCGGGUGAUGCCGAAGGGAGAUAGAAAGCUUUUGCUGUAAGUGUAGUUCCUGAAAGUGCAGAAGAUGAGACUGAACUACCUAUGCUGCAGAAGUCUAAAAAAAGUGGAACAAUUAGUAAAAUGAGUGGAGAAUUAAAAGAAAUUGUAUUUGUCAUCCAGAGCCAAAGUAAUUCUUUUCAUUCCAAGAGAGCAGAAGAUCUAAAAAGAGAUAUUUUAAAACAGUCUGCAGAUCUUGGAAAGGAAUUGCCUACAGUUCUACUUAUUCAUCAGAUAGCUGGGCAUGAAGGUGCAUGGACAAUAUUACCAUUAAUGAGAGAAUUCUCUGUUACCUAUAGUGGGAACUCCUCAUGGAUUUUCUUCUGUGAAGAAGAUACAAGAGUACAAGUUGUAAAGCUGCUAGAAGCACUUGGAAGAUUUGACGUGUCUAAGGAGUGGUUUUUAGGUAAAGCAUUAUAUGAUGAAGAAUCUACAAUAAUCCACCAUUAUGCCUUUGCUGAAAAUCCUACAGCCUUUAAAUUUCCAGAUUUUGCUGCUGGUUGGGCACUCAGCAUUCCACUUGUUAACAAGCUUGCAAAGAAGUUGAAAAGUGAACCACUCAAGUCAGACUUUACAAUAGAUUUAAAACAUGAGAUUGCCCUCUAUAUUUGGCAGAAAGGGGAAGGACCACAUCUUACUCCAGUGCCUGAGUUCUGCACAGACGAUGUAAACUCAUACAAGACUGACCAUUGUGCAACAACAUUCAGGAAUUUUCUACCACUUUGUGGCGAGCCAGUGAAAAAGGAAGAUGUUUAUGUUGCUGUAAAAACAUGUCGGAAAUUUCAUGGUGACAGAAUACCAGUGGUAAAGCAGACUUGGGAAAGAGAAACUGCCCUUAUUGAAUACUACAGUGACUAUGCAGACCUCUCCAUUCCUACUAUAGAUUUAGGCAUACCUAACACUGACAGAGGUCACUGUGGGAAAACUUUUGCCAUUUUGGAAAGGUUUUUGAAUCAUAGCUCUCCCAGAAUUCCUUGGCUAGUCAUAGUGGAUGAUGACACACUGAUAAGUAUCUCCAGACUCCGAAAAUUACUCAGCUGCUAUGACCCAAACGAAGCAGUGUUUCUUGGAGAACGUUAUGGCUAUGGCUUGGGAACAGGAGGAUACAGUUACAUCACUGGUGGAGGAGGGAUGGUUUUCAGCAGAAGAGCUGUUCAGAAGCUGCUUGCUAGCAAAUGCCGAUGUUACAGCAUGGACGCGCCUGAUGAUAUGGUCCUUGGGAUGUGUUUCAGUGGCUUAGGAAUCCCCAUAACACAUAGUCCACUUUUCCAUCAGGCAAGGCCAGUGGACUACCCAAAAGACUACCUUUCUCACCAAAUUCCAGUAUCAUUUCACAAGCAUUGGAACAUUGAUCCAGUGAAGGUGUAUUUCACAUGGCUGGCACCAAACACAGAAGAGCCACAUAAAGGAGAGCAAGUUGGACAUAACAGAGAGGAUUUAUAAGCAAUAGAAGAAUGCGAUCUGAAUGAUUAAUGUACUGCAGAUGAGGGACAGUCACUACUGUGAUUUUUGUGGUGUUAUUUUGUUCCUGUUUGUCACAUUGCUUCAGAGCAAUGGAAGAAGGUGCCCAAUUGAUUUUUUGAUUCUUUUGUUAAGCUUGGUUUCCUUCUAAAAUGUUCUGGAGUUUUGUAUACCAGUGAGUUUGACACACUUUUAAAUUGUCUCAUACAACUUUAUCUCGUUUGAACUUUGAGUCAGCAUCAAUUUACAUUUCCUUCCUUUGUUCUCCCAGAAAGCUGAACUCCUGGUUUUGGGAGCCUAAUAUUGAACAUGUGUUAAACAUCUAUUGAACAUCAUCUCUCGCUGACAGAAAACAGCUCUCUAAAUUGUUACAGAACAGAUUCUUGAUAGAGAGCAGACAUGAAUUUGUUUCUCUGACCAGCCUCUAGAUUGUAUGAAGACUUUAUACUAAUUAAAAAUAGAAAUGUUGUAAUUUCUUAAGACAGGUGGACCAAGCACGAACCACUGUUGCACCUUUGAUGUGAGGAGUAUCAUGUUCAAAAUGGAAAGGAAAAAAAAAAGUUGAGGACGAGGAUUUCUUAAGUGGCCACGGGAGGUCACUGUGGCUCCUUUAGAAACCUGAGUCGCUGUGAUCUAUUUGGCAAGUAUAAAUUCGACUCUUAAGGACUUUUGCACACGCCAGUAUUUCUGAUGUGUGUGUUUCAAUAGGACAUCGAUGCCAGCUUUAAAACGUCAGUAGUAUUUCUAAUUUAUAUCAUCAAAUAAUUUUAUGUAAAGAGUGAUUAAUAUUUAAAAUGUUCUUGGUUUAUUUUUUUUUUUUUCUUUGAGUAAUUCAGUUUCGUAAAAAUGUUUGUACAAAACCUGGCUUUAGAAUGUUCUAAACUAAUUUUAUAUUGUACCACUGCUCCUUUUAAGAUGACAGCAUAUGCCUGCUGCAUGCUGUCACUUACCUCUGCUCUCUCCAUUGUAACCAAAUACAGGUUCUUGAAGCCAUACUGCUGAAAUCAUUUAUGUUUUGUUUUCUGAUGGUAGGUUAAAAAAUUGACUCCACUCCAAAGUAAUGCAGUACUUGUUCUUAAAUCAAAGUAGGGGAACCACUGAUUCUUGUUUCAGUAAUUACUGAACUUGUGUAAACAUUUGUUUGUGAAUGUAGCUUGUGGAAUGUUAGGCAUUUGAAUAGCAAGCACAUACUCAUAAUAGAUUGAAAUUCUCAUUAAACAGGAGCAACCCAUGUUAAUGUCUUUUUACUUCCCACUACCAGUGCCUUAAACAGUAGACAUUUUACUGAUACCAGGACUGUGUUCUCCAGUAUCAUGGAUAAAUUGUUAGUUAUGUUGACUGUUUAGAACUGUGAGAUCUGAAAGCCGAAUAAAAGCAUUUUUCUUUUAA